AGUGCGAACCUAUUACUGUCAUAGUAACAAUGUAUACGGUCAUAUAAGUCUAAAAAAGAACGAAUAAAGUCAUGUCUACUCUAGCUAGACUAGUAAGCGAAACAGAUGAUAUUGGAACAAAUGUGUAUGAACUAACAGCAAAAGCCGAAGAAAAUAGGCGAAGAGAUUAUGGUUCCUCUGUCAAGGAUAUGGUUCUUGCAUUGAAAGUUACAAGAUUCAAUGAAAUGGCAGUAAAGAUACAAAAAGUAUGGCGAGGAUACUAUUCCAGGAAAUACGUAUUCAAUUACUAUGCUAGACAACGAUAUUUAGAGGCACUUUUGCACAAGAAUGAGACAAUCCGAAAUGAAUUAAAAGAAUGGGAAGAAAUGGAAAAUCGUCGUCAGCAAAUAGAAGAAGAUGAAAUUAUGAAAAGUAGAAUUAAAAAUUGGGCGCAAGGUCAUCACCAUCUUCGGGGAACUACUGUUAUUCCUGGCAUUUAUAAUUCUCCUUACAAACCCAUUCCAGAGUUGGAAACUCAAUUAAUUUUAGCCAAGCCGAGGGUUGCCGAUAGUGGAAUGAAGAACAGAAGAAAUAAAUAUGUUAAAUAUGGCUCGGGCGAUGCUUUUGAACUAAAUCAAUUAGAGAGUUUGCCUCCAAUUCACGAAAAACCUCAAGGUCCAUUUAGAGAUCCACACGAAGUAUGGCGUCAACGAUUAAAACCCUUGAAACCUUCUCUUCGUGUUCAAACUUCUUAUACAUCUGUCGAAGAGGCUAGAGAGCUUAUGAGAAAGGAAGAAUGGGCAGCACGUUUAUUCGAUAAAAAGUUAGUUCCAUUUACUCAUCCACCGGAAAAGCAGUACCAACCACUUCUUCACGGUUCUUCUCAAUAUGGUCAAAUACCUUACGGUACUGCUUACUUCCGCGAGGAAAAGCCAGAAAGAUUCAUAAUGGCACACAAUCCGAAACAUUUUAACACGGUAGUACCACCUAUCGAGGUUUUUGAAAAGGUCAACGAUGUUUAUUGA